AUCAGCUUUAGCAUCGAAAGUGUAUAAAAGGCUGUGCUUGUGACAAUUUUCUUCAGAUAUUAAUUCCAAUCAACACGGUGAUCAAACAUGAUGUCGUUCUGCAUUACAUUCGUCUUAUCCGUUGUAGUAGUAGCCGUUUGUAUACAGUCGAUCGGUGCCUAUCCAACGAUUCCAUUGCCACAGUUGGUGGCAGGCGCUCUUGGAGCUGUUAGAGGUAGUUAUUACACACCUUACGCAUCAUAUGGUGGAAUCGGACCUUAUGGUGGAAUCGGACCUUAUGGUGGAAUCGGACCUUAUGGUGGAAUCGGACCUUAUGGUGGAAUCGGACCAUAUGGAGGUAUCGGACCUUAUGGCGGUAUCGGACCUUACGGCGGUAUCGGACCUUAUGGCGGUAUUGGACCAUAUGGUGGUGGCGUUUAUGGCAAGUGAAAAGUUGUUACAAGAAUCCAAAAACGCAGAAAGUUUGAAAAACUGUUUUUGCCAAAAUAAUUUAAAAAAAUAAAAAUUAUUUAGACAAAAUUU